AUGGGGGACUACAAUACCACUUAUCAGGGUGACGUCAUCCAUCUGGGACUCCACUUCAGUCGAGUAGAACCGAAGAGGAACCUUGGAUUAAAGGUGAAGAUCUUCAAGAACCGAAGACGGAAGUCCAGUUUGGCGACCCUGAAGUCUGCCCCUCAGAUUAUCUUCUACGAGGACAAGAACUUCCAGGGUCGCCGAUACGAGUGCGACAGCGACUGCACCGACUUCCACUCUUACCUGAGUCGCUGCAACUCGGCCCGGGUGGAGGGCGGCACCUGGGUGAUCUACGAGAGGCCCAACUACUCGGGCUACCAGUACGUCCUGACCAGAGGCGAGUACCCCGACUACCAGACCUGGAUCGGCCUCAACGACAGAGUCAGCUCCUGCAGGAUGAUCCACUUCGCCACUGGAGAUCCCUACAAGAUCCAGCUGUACGGUAAGGGGAACUUCUCCGGCGAGGCGUUCGAGGUGAGUGAGGACUGCCCCUCGGUGCUGCAGAAGUUCCGCUGGAGGGAGGUCCACUCCUGCAGGGUUCUGGGCGGCUGGUGGGUCUUCUACGAGCACCCCAACUACAAGGGCCGCCAGUACCUGCUGGAGAAGGGCGAGUACCGUAAGCCGGUGGACUGGGGCGCCGUCUGCCCCACCGUGCAGUCCUUCAGACGGCUAACCGAGUAGCUGCUCACCCCUCUUUCUAAUUAUUUUUUUGUUUUCUCUGAUUGACACCUGAGGAACCCGAGAUGCAAUAAAAGUCGUCAAAUUACAGAGUUGUUUCAUCAUUGUGUCUGGGAAUGUGUGCACAGUUUAAUAGUAGGAAAAAGAGCCACUGUGCAAGCAUUUCUGCACAUUUUUAGCCAUUUAGAUGAGCCAAAUCGUGUGUUUCAGAGAGUGCAUCAAGACUGCCUUCAUGAUACGUUACCAUUGUCACUUUUUCAAUCCAGACCUUCUUGCUGAAACUGUAGACAAACAAAUAACACACAG